UCGAACAGCACCCGAACUGAGUGGAAGAAAAACCCCAGGUUCCAAAAACGUUUUGCCCUUUUCUUCUUCUCCCUCCUUCCACUCUUCAAAUAGUGAUUGUAGUACAGAAUCAACCAAAACCUUUCUUCUUCCUCUCUCAUUCGAACAAAGAAGACAGAUCGAAGGCCCCUUUCUUCUUCCGCUCUGCAAUCGAUUGACAAAUAUGAAGAACAUGGUGUAUAGAGUGGUUCAUUUGAAGUGGAUCUUCUAAGCUAUGGAGGGAUGAUGCUAUUUCCUUUUUCAUGCUCUCUAGAGCAAAAGUUCCUCUCAAGCAUAAAUCCAGUGAUCCACAAUCUCAAAGGUGUCAAGAGCCGAAGACGUCGCUGCCAGUGUCCGCCCGAUCUGCACUCUCUUCCCCAAUUCUCAAGCUUGAUAAGUACUCUCAGACCAGUUUCUUUUACAUUCGAGGCUUCAAGCUCUCACCUCGCAGAAAGAGGGGAGGGAAAGAGUUUGUGUGUGUGUGUGUGUGUUUGUGUGUGGGCAUGGAGACGGGUAUUGUGGUUGUGGAGAAAGUCUGUGGGAAAUCAACAGUCACACGAUGCUUCUCAAAGUAUCCACUCAAAUUCAUCGUACCCAAUAAGGUGGGCUGCUCAAAAACUGAUUCUGUUUGGAUUUACAGCCUCACCUAUGGUGGUGGCAUAGUCUCUGGAGAUUCUAUUUCAUGUAAAUUGACCGUUGGAGACGGUUGCACGGCAGCGUUAACUACUCAGGCUUCCACAAAGGUGUACAAAGCAGUGGGAUCGAAGUGCUCCGAACAAUUUUUGGAGGUGAGAAUUGGGAGCAAUGCUCUUCUGGCCGUCAUUCCCGACCCUGUAACAUGCUUUGCGACAGCAAGGUACUCUCAGAAGCAAGUCUUUAGAGUGGCUUCAGAUUCUAGCUUGGUCAUUGUUGAUUGGAUUACCAGUGGUCGUUUUGCAAGUGGUGAAAAAUGGGAUUUUGGACUGUACAAGAGCACCAAUCAAAUCUUCUUGGAAGACGAUCAGCCUUUAUUUCUGGAUUCGGUAUUACUAGAGGCAGGAAGUAUUACCAGCAUCGCUGAACGAAUGCAGGAUUACCAAGUCAUAGCAAUGAUCAUAUUCUUGGGUCCCAAGUUGAAGCCUAUUCAAGAUGAAAUACAAGAUGACGUGAAGAGAAUGAUGUCUGAUAGCUUUAGGGUCCCUUCCUCUACCUCACAGAACUAUAUGAAAGUAAAUUCUGGUCUGGCUCCAGAAAAACCACCAUUUAUUGCUUCUUGCAGUGCCUUUGGUCCAAAGGAUAGCUCAGCAAAGACAUCGGCUGCAGAAUUUGAUACCCUGUAAACAUGUGAGGAACAUACUGCAAUUCUGUACUCUUCUUUUGUAGACCUUGUACUGUAAUUGUAGAAUCACAUUCAAUUUCUAACAUCUGAAAACCUAGCUGCAAUGCAAGUAAAAUGACAUCAAAUACUGCUCUCUUCACAUACAAAUUCUGCUUAAAUUGUUGUGAAGUCUUUCUAUCCUUUGCCUUGUUUGGGAAUCUCUUUCCUUCUUUCACUUCAUCCUAGUGUUAACUAUGAUUGAUUUGAUGACUGUGGAUUAGAUUUUCAUCUUGUUUAGUACUUGUAAUUCAAUUCUUUCGAAGGUGCUUGAUCCUUUCCAUGGCUUUAAUCCAUCACAAUACAAAUUAGGAUAGCUUAUCUUCAAGUCAAACCAAGUACA